AUGUACCUCUUGCAGACUGAUGACAAUGGCGAACUCAUCCACGAGGAGAUUAUGGGUAGGAACGUCCCACCCUACGCCAUACUUUCUCACACAUGGAGCGAGAACCACAAAGAUGAGGUCUCUUUCAAAGACAUCGCGAAAGGCAGAGGCAAAGACAAGCAAGGCUACGACAAACUGCGCUUCUGCGCGAAACAAGCUACGGACGACGAUCUAAAACAUUUUUGGGUCGACACAUGCUGUAUCGACAAGUCCAGCAGCGCCGAACUCCAGGAGGCAAUCAACUCAAUGUUUCGCUGGUAUCAGAAUUCUGCGAAAUGUUAUGUGUACCUUGCCGAUGUCUCAUGUGAAGCUCUAUGGAUGUCAAAAUUUCGACAGAGUAGAUGGUUCACCCGAGGCUGGACACUACAAGAGCUGCUCGCCCCGAACACAGUCGAAUUUUUCUCCGCUGAGGGCUCAAAGUUGGGCGAUAAGUACUCCUUAGCACGGGAGAUACACAAGAUCACUCGCAUCCCCCGAGAAGCGUUCCUCGGGAUAGCUUCUUCUCUGACUCGCUUUUCGGUUGAGGAGCGCAUUUCAUGGUCCGAUUAUCGCACAACUACGCGCGACGAGGACAAAGCUUACUCACUUCUCGGCUUGUUCGAUUUACACAUAGCACUGCUUUACGGAGAAGGCGAAGACAAUGCGUUCAGACGUCUCCACGAAGAG